AUGGCCCGUUUAGCCCUUUCGCCGGAGGACUACACCGUAGCAUGGAUCUGUGCACUGCCGAUCGAGUUAGCCGCAGCACAGAACAUGUUAGAUGAAGAAUACAACGGCGUUCCUACAGCACCCAGUGAUCACAACAGUUACAUUUUGGGUCGCGUGAACGACCAUAAUGUAGUGAUUGCUAACUUGCCGUUGGGUACCUUCGGGAUCACAGCGGCAGCCUCGGUGCUGGUACAAAUGCAAGCUACGUUUCCGUUCCUAAAAUAUGGCCUACUAGUCGGAAUUGGAGGUGGAGUACCUACGAAUGUUGAUAUUCGGCUUGGCGAUGUGGUGAUUAGCAUGCCAACUGAGCGCGGAAGUGGUGUGAUACAAUAUGAUUUUGGGAAGAAAACUCACGCCGGGCUUCAGCCUACAGGAAAUCUCAACAAACCAUCCGAAAAACUGUUGAAGGCAGCGAGCCACUUGAGAAAAGACCACAUCCUUGGGAAGCGUUCCAUCAUGCAGAUUAUAUACAGUGCGCUGGAGAAAAAUAAAGGGACGAGAAACGAAUUUUCCCGGCCCACUGAUGACUUUCUUUUCAGUGCUACAUAUCAACAUCAAGACGGAGCCUACGACUGCUCAACCUGCGACCGGACACAAAUUGUCACUCGUGCACCGCAAGUGACAGACGAACCCGGUUUUCAUUACGGCCUAAUCGCUUCCGCAAAUCAAGUUAUGAAAGAUGCACAGACACGUGACCAAGUCGCUAAAGCACGAAACAUUCUCUGCUUCGAGAUGGAGGCGGCAGGCUUGAUGGAUUUACUUCCAUUUGUGGUGAUCCGCGGAAUUUCUGACUACUCCGAUUCUCACAAACAGAAAGAAUGGCAGGGCUAUGCGGCCCUGACUGCGGCGGCUUAUGCAAAACAGCUGCUGUCGGUUGUUCUCCGAACACAGCGUAUGCCAUUUUCUUCUCAAGUAAUGCAUACAUUGACAAGCCCGACAGGAAAAGAAUUCACUCCCGAAGAAGAGGCGUGCCUGCGAAGUCUUUUUAUAACCGAACCCGAGGAAAAUAAGAACGCCCUGAAGCGUAAAAAAGGAAAACGCGCUCCUGGCACAUGCGACUGGAUCAUGCACACGGAUGAACUUCGGGCAUGGCUCGCACCACCUAGUGCCUCUUCCGAAAGAUUGAUGUGGUUUUAUGGUUACCCCGGUACUGGAAAAUCAACCAUGGCGAUCACGCUGGUGGAGAAACUCUCGGAAGAAUAUGAUACGAUUAGCCAAGAAAUGGCUCUUGCAUACUUCUUCUGCGACUCCAAUUACCCAGAACGCUGUACCGCAACUGCUAUACUACGAGGUCUCCUAUCCCAGUUGCUUAAGCAACGCCCACGUUUAAUGAAACACUUACUUCCCAAGUUCAAGGAGCGUGGGGGAAAGCUGUUCAAUUCAUUUGAUGCAUUGUGGGCCAUAUUCAUUGAGAUCGGUCACGAUAAUACAUAUCACCAACUUUACUGUAUCAUCGAUGCCUUGGAUGAAUGCGACCAAAUUUCACAGAGAAUGCUGUUGAUGCAGAUCACUCAGAGCUGUGAAAAUCAGAACGAUAACACAAUCGGUAAAAUACAUUUUCUGAUAAUCAGUCGACCAUUUCCUGAAAUCCGAGAGUACCUCGAUCCAUAUAGAUCGAAAGACUUGGGCACUUAUCAGCAAGUCCAAGAUGACCUUCAAGUAUUUAUUGAGCAGAAAGUCAAUGACCUUGCAUUGAGAAAAUGCUAUACCGCGAGAACAAAACGAGAUGUAUCACGAAUACUUAAAGAAAAGGCAGAAGGAACCUUUCUAUGGGUUGCUUUUGCGUGUGAGAAAUUGGAAGGUAUUGAUUCACGAGAGGCUAUCAAGAAACUACACAGCUUACCACAAGGAUUGCAUUCUCUCUAUGCCAAAUUGCUAGAAAUGGCGCUAGACGCGGAUGAAGACAUCUUGGAUCCUCUUUCACGGAUCCUUGCCGUUGUCGCAACAUCGAGACGUCCUCUUAGCGUUCUAGAGCUAUCUAUCGCCUGCAAAUUCUACGAAGAAGAGGACAAUGAACAUCGAAAGAAGUAUACAGAAGAAUAUGUUCACAGGUGCUGUCUUAUGGUCUUUAUCCAAGAUGGACUUGUGCGUCUUUUGCACAAAUCAGUCAGAGAUUUUCUUCUGAUUUCGACACAUCCAUUCUCUAUCAACGAGCUGCAAGUCCACGCAUCUCUGGCAAAUAGAUGUGUUGAAUACAUGUUAGACAAUAUUGGUCACCUUCACGAGCAAGUGGAUCAACAGCGUGAUUCGUUUCUUGAAUAUGCCACCCUUUACUGGCCUGAACACGCUAGUUCCGCAGACGUGGAAUUCAAAAUUCUGCCUAAAUAUCAAGUAUUCUUUUGUCCCAUUUCCGCUGAGCGUGAGGUGUGGUUAAAAGCCUAUCGCAAGCACCGUCCUCUCCCUCAAAGAUUCUCUAUUCUACAUGUCGCGGCAACGUGGGGCAUCGGGUGUCUUAUACCCUUUUCUCUAUCUAAGGUCUCGGCUGUGUUUGGCCUAGUGACGGGACUUUUGAGGCUGUCAAAGACUCCAUACAAGCUGCCGCCUCAUGUAGAUACCGUCGAUCAAAGUGGUAAAACUCCACUUCAUUGGGCGGUCAUAGAAUCCCAGAAAGAAGCUGUCAACCUUCUUUUACAUUGGGGUGCUAAUCAUGAACUGCUUGACAAUCAGUCGAGGUCGGCUCUCCAUUUUGCAGCCGAGGUUGGAAACGAAGAGUUCGUUCGACAAUUUGCUCACACACAGACAAAUCUAGAGGUGAAGGAUGUUUAUGGCCAAUCGGCAUUGCUUAUUGCAGUGGAAAAUUUGCACGCUGCAGCUGUUCAUCGUCUAGCCGAAGCCACAGCUGACGUCCACACAUCCAACAACAUGCAUCAAAACACUUUACAUCUCAUUUGCAAAGCUCGGCAGUCUGAUAGCAGCUAUGCAUUGCUGUCAUACUUUUUAAACCAGGGAGUCUCAGCGCAUGAGCUCGAUGUACAGAAUAUGACUCCUUUUCUGUAUGCCGUCGCAUGCGGACGACAAGAUCUAGCGCUCCUUCUUCUUCAAAAUGGAUACGACAUAAACCAUGCAAUUCAUCGACGUUCUUGGACCGGUCAAAUGCAAAAUGGUUACGUUACUUAUAAGCUUGAUGAAAGCCCUGAAGACCCAUCGGAUAGAGCUUCCGCUCCAGGGAUGACUGCGCUUCACUUCUCUGCUUUGAACGGAAAUAUAGAAAUGACCAAUUUCCUAUGUCUUCAGGAUGCCAAUCUGCACUCACAAUCGGAAACGGGUGAUACACCAUUGCAUCUGGCAAUUCGGCGUACGAUUCUGGGGUCUAGAUAUGAUGAUCACUGGAUAACUGGAGACUAUUCCAUUGAAGACCUCCAAAGUUUUAUUACAGAUUGGGAACGUGAAGCCGUUGAGAUCAUCAACCAAAUAGACACCACAAGAGUACGUAUUGUUGGCGUACUUUUGGGGUCAGGUUCUGUCAAUAUCAAUAUUGCCAAUAAUCAAGGAGAUUGUCCGCAUCAUGUGAUUCCUUUUGAUAAAUGGUACGCAUCAGACAUAUUAAUGAAGCUGAUCAAAAAGGGUGCCGACUUGUCCAAAUCAAACAACAGAGGUCAGACGUGUCUUCAUUUGGCAUGCGGGGCGGGACACUUGGACGCUGUUCGAAUAUUAACGAGUCGAAAUUGCAGCAUUACCCUGCAAGACAAAUAUGGACUAUCUCCCCUUCAUUAUGCGGUGGGGGAAGGCCAAACUGAGGUUGUACGGGAUCUCUUGGAAUUGCAUCGUCAGCAAUCACGGGAAAACAGCCAGCACAGUGACCUUUUGCAGAUGAAACUUCUACAUCAUCAUGCAAAAUCCGAUUUUGGUUCCAUUGAACUAAUUAAUUUGCUUUCAGAGUCUGGGUUCGACCUCAAUUUAUUAGAUGAUAACGGGGAAUCGGUUCUCAGCCUAUACUUGGGAUCAUUUCACUUGCUUUUUCGAGUGGAUGUCUUUGACUGUUUAGUGGAUAAUGGCGCCGAUGUGACCUGGCUUAGCGAACAAAAAGAGAGCCUAAUACACCGAGUGAUGCACCAGUGGGAUAGCGAUAAUGCCCUUGUCCUAGAGCGAUUGCUGCGGUCUUUAGAUAUCAGAGCGAAAGACGCCAAGGACCGCAAUGCACUGCAUCAUGGAGCAAUUCACGGUGCCUUCAACGAAAACCUCACGAGCUUUCUACGAGAGAGAGAUAUUGUUCACUUAUUACAUGAAAAUGACUUUCAGGGCAAGAAACCUCUUGACUACGCAGAAGAGGAAGCGCGACGCGAACGACACCCUGACUUAUUCAAGGGGUCUCGGUGGCACGAGUCACUCCACAAUCUCAAGACCCUCGAAGAAGGGCAGGUAUUCACACAUCAUCAACGCUAUAAUUAG